CUGAUAUUGUCGGUGACGUCGUUGCCUAAGUUUAUUUGUUUGUGUUUGCCUUAUAAAUAGCCAAGAAAUGUGUGUGUUUGUGUGAUCUCAUAGCCAUUUUCAUUCCGUUUGCUUUGGCCUCCGCUCCCCUUCCUCCUGCAAUACUCCAAGCAUCUAAAUAAAGACCGCAAAUUGUGUGUUGCGCAUUUUGCCUUUUGGCCGUAGAUUCUCAUUUGCAUAAAUAAGCCAGCCAGGCGGAGUGAUUAGUUUUCUUAAUUGUUUGCCUUCUUCGGCCUUUGUUGUUGGCUUACUUUGAUGGUUGACUCCUAACGGUGUUUUGCACUCAGGUCGUCACGCGACACACACACAUGUAUUCAAACUUGUGUAAAAAGUGCUUCCCAUGUCACGUCCCGCUAGAAACUUCUUUAAUUUCGCUCAGAAUCCGCCAACAACUUCGUCUGUUGAGGUAUUUUCGGUUUUCUAUGAAAACUUGAACUUUAAUUGCGGUAUGCCGUACAUCAACACAGACAGCGUUCAACAGUUGACCGGCUAUGUACAGGGUCAAUGGAGCGAGGCCUUGGGCUGGUCUGAGAGGCACCAACUGGUCUCCAAGUUGAGCCCACUGUUGUGUGGCCUCAUCGUGGCCACAUUCGCCUACGGAAUGGUUUACUUGGACAGCGCAGUGCCAGGUGUGACGCCACCCUCGCCCUUUUCGCCCCGUUCGAAACAGCGUUUCCGUCAGCAGAAGAGUGCGUCGCUUCACUUGGGCUAUCUGUGCGCUCUGUUCUCCGGAUUGCUGGUUACGAUCUUUAUGUACUUUGAUUUUUAACAUUAGAGCAGAGCCCGCUUCCUUCCAUUUAGAAAAUUAUUCAACAGUAUUAGAUUUACCUUUAUUUCUUUUGUAUUUCCUGUGGAAUCUGUGUUUCUAUUUAUUCUAUAUGUAAAUCUGAAGUGUUAAUGUGCAAGGCUACUGGAGAGCCAAAGUCAAAGGAAAAACUGGAAACAUUGGGGCAUUUUGGAGCCAACUUAGUUCCUAGGUAAAUUAAAUCUAGUAUAUUUACAUGGUAACUUAUAUGUUAUUUAUACCAUUACAUAGUACAAAAUGAAAAUAUCCAGUAAGGGCCUUAGACCAGAACAGGCGAUUCCAGGAAUGGUUUCAAUUGUAGAACUGCUCUCUGGUCUUAGAGUCUUGGGAGAAAACCCGUAGUAUUAACACUCUAAAAAUACAUUAUAAACAUUUUUUUGCACUUAAAUAUACAUAUGUAAUAAAA